UGCAGAUGUUGAAAGCCGGCGCCUUAGUGUUCGUGGGGGCGGCCCUCUCCGUCGCUCGUGCUUCCUACGUCUCCUCUGCGGGGGGCCUCUCCGACGCCUUCUUGCGGGAGCUGGUCGCUAGGAUGGGCAGCGGCCUCGCCGACCCCGCUAGGGACUACCUGGAUCUUCCUCCUCAAGGGCGGUAGCAAAGAGCCGAGCGGACCCGCUCCCUUUGCAGAGGGCAAGAGUAAGCAGAAGCUGAAGAACAACCAGGAGGGCCUCAAGAGCACCACCGACGGCGUCCUGCCCGCCUACUGCAACCCCCCCAACCCCUGCCCCAUUGGAUACACAGCUGCCGACGGCUGUCUGGAGGACUUCGAGAACUCGGCCGGCUUCUCGCGCGACUACCAGGCCCUCCAGGACUGCAUGUGCGACACCGAGCACAUGUUCGAGUGCGCGGACUCGACCCGGGAGUCCGAGAUCACGGCCCUCGCCCGUUCCAUCCAGAACGAGGGCGUGCUGGACUCCACCCUCGAUAAGAUCAUGGACGGACUGGGUGAGGCUAAUCAUCGGCUAGUUGCUAAGAAGUACCACCAGAAGAAGAACUUUAACCCUUACCUCCAGGGCGAGAAGCUGCCCAUCGCCGCGAAGAAAGGAGGAGGACUGUAAGGUAAAGGAACACGAAGGAUGAACAAACGAUCUCUAAUACGUCAACACGAAGAAGAAGAAAAAGAAGAAGCGAUAAGGAAGAAUGAAUCUAUGCGGUGAUGGGGGUCAGCGAUAGUGCUCGUUUCGACGGCUCUGGGCUGGGAACAGCUCGGCCUCUAACCUUUAUGAAUUACUUAAAUGCGACUAGUUUGCAAAGGUUACAGGGCCGUCGAUAGAAGUCAUGUAACGGGCAAAACUGACCGUGUGAAGGACAGACUCGCUGAUGAUGUUUGUUUGAUUAAUUGCUCUAAAAAGGCGACGAUUAAUUGAUUUCAUUAGUAUCUAUUCCUUAUAAUUGUAUGUCGUAACAUUAAUACUAUAUUCUGAAGCAGAAAUGCUGUACCACUAUUCACAAUGAAAGUGAAAAAAAAAAUAUAUAUAUAUAUGGAUAUAUAAAAAAAAUAUUAGUAUUUUUAUUAGAAGAUUACUAUAGUAUAUAUGUAUUACUAUCCGUAUAUCAGUAUCGUAAACGUUAUUAUCUAUUCCUGAUCGAUAGCCGGUCCUAUCUUGCAUUGCUAACUCAGAUAUUAUUCGGUCUAUCUCUUAACGAAGACCAGAUAAUCAUGAAUAAAUAUUAUUUUGUUUUGAAUUACACACGGGGAAGUCUGUAUCGCUGAUCCUUUCAUCACAUGUAGCGCACAUAUAAACCAGGGCAUUAAUUACAUAACAGUAAAAAAAAGAAAGAAAAAAAAGCAUAAUUGUUAUAUGAUAUAUCCCCAAACUGGACAGAUAAAUAAAAAAGGAAAUUACCGUUUUAAAACAUGUAACAAAAUUGCAUAAUAAUACAUAACAAACUUAAUAUUUUCUCCUGUCUUUUCAAUGUUUGAGGUUUUAUUCUAGAUGAGUCUAACAGUGUAGUAUGAUCUUAUAAAGCAACUGUUGAUUAUGAUAACAAUAUAGAACAGAGAUUCCGUUGAGAAUGGAGAAACCGAUACACACUCAAAGGCACACACACACACACACGCACACACACACACACACACACACACACACACACACACACACACACACACACACACA